AUGGUUGUUCUGUCCCAGCCCCAUCACUUCAAACCCUUCUUGCAGCUGCCCCUUUUGGUAGCCUUUGCGGCAUGUUGUGUCGCGAUCAAGCCACUGGGGGAAUGGAUGCGGGUAAAGACUAAGGAUGCCAGGGAAGUCGAGCUGAUCAAGAACGGACCUCGACUUGGCUUCAAUGGGAUCAAGAGCGGCAAUAUACAGAGAGGGAUGGCGCACUCCGUUCGAGACCAUUUCGGCACAGAGAUGCCCCCGGUCGUGCAAGUGAGUAUUCUGGAAUGUUAAUGUGCUACCCUGGAGGCGUCUUGUGUGAACUUUUCAAUCUAAAGAGGUGGGGUUCUCUACCUUUCUCAGGCUGUGACAGGGUUCCGAAAGUCGAAUGAGAUUCCAUACACGCACUUCCGAGCCAAAGUAUGGGACAGAAAUAUCAAGACCAAGACAUGGGACGAAGUACCUGGGACAGGUCCUGAUGGUACUCAUGUCAUUCCCUUGCCCCACAAUCGGGACUUCACCACUCCGGAAGGCGCUCUUUUCACCUCGCAGGAGGUUGCGCGCUCAUACGCAACGGUACCGGAUACAAAGAAACCAACACUGCCGACUUGGAUCCAUCUCAAUAAGCUAGAUCAGCAUGGCGACGUCGUUGGCGAGGUGAUCGCUGGACCGCCAAGGUUGCGUACCGGAGGCAUCAAGUCGAAAAGCAAGCCAUCGAUGUGGCACGGGUACGAAGGCGAGCUCGCCCAGACGCACCGCAAUCACUUUCCUCCCAUCACCAGAACCGGGGUAGGCAGCCGCCUUCCUCACGUGCGAGAGAUUGCGAGGCAAACGCGUCUCAAUCGGACCACCUCAAAGCAUCGUAGCGGUAGCACCAUGGGUCCUUUCCUUGGUGUUGCUCACCGGAAGCUGCACAAUCGCGAGAAGGUCGAGGAAGCAGCGUGGUCGCAGAAUAGGGCUGGUGCGCCAUCGCAGAGAUCGCCUGCCAGACAACAGGAAGACCCCAUUGGUGCCGUACACAGGAAUCAGGGUGCAGGUUUCCCGCUGCAAUCGGAUGCCACCCCAGCCCUUUCGGAGUCUCGGGCUGGUCCUUGA